AUCGUCCGGCUUCGAUGAAACCCAGAAACAUGUUCCCGAGAAAAACCACCUGGACUUGGGCUGGCACUCGGCAGCCUUGUCACCCUGCUUCCUAGAACCUGUUCAACAAUUUUCUUUUGCAUAUAUAUUUGCGCUUAUGUUUGCUUUCUUCACAAACCCAUUUCGGAAGAUUGAGCUCUGAGAGAGAGAGUUUGUGAUUGGCAAUGGAGGGAAUAAGGAAGGGGUUCGUGUUUGAAGAUUUGCUGCCGGUGAUGGCGGAGAAGAUGGGAGGAGAGGGGCUGAUGAGGGAGCUCUGCAAUGGGUUCCAGCUGCUGAUGGAUGGGGAGAAGGGGGUGAUCACGGCGGAGAGCCUGAAGAGGAACGCGGCGCUGCUGGGGUUGCAGGGUCUCGGCGACGACGACGAGCUCGCACAAAGCAUGGUCAGAGAAGGCGAUUUCGACGGCGACGGAGCUCUUAACCAGCUGGAGUUCUGCGCUCUCAUGUUCAGAUUGAGUCCGGAGUUGAUGGCUGCGUCGGAGAGAUACCUGGAAGAGGCUCUUCUUAACGAUUUCAUUUGAUUUGAUCCAACAGUACUGAUGUGUGAUGGUGAUGACUUUUUUUUUUUUUUUUUUUCGAAACGUUCUUUGGAGAUUUGAUUUGAACUAAUUUGUGAAUGCAUUAAAAAGGGUAUUACAGUUAAUUAGGGUGAUUGUAAAAAGAAAAAGAAGAAAGAUUAUUGUAGGAGAAAUGAAGUUGAUGGUUGGUUCAUGACCAAAUUAAUAAAAAAGUAGAGGGAAGUUUAUGAGAACUCUCAUUGUUUGU